GGAGGGAAGUGGUUCCAAGCGGUGAGCGGGAACACGCGCCAGAUGAAGCCCGCAAGGACGCAGCAGCAGGAGGAAGACGAGCGAGAAGAAAUGGGAAGAGGCGAGAGGACGAUGGCGGUGGAAGAGCGUGCGAAGACAAGUUGAUGGAUUUGAUUCCCAGAGUAUUUUUAGCAGGAAUCGCGACUCUUUGAAGGGAAGAGGGAAAACUUGGCGGGAAGACGGACGGACCUGCUUUGUUUUGGUCUUACCCCUCAGGACAAGACCGUCCCCCCCUUCUCUCAGUCCAUGUGUUAGCAUCUUUGUAGCUGCGUGAUGAAGCUUUGCCGGGUAAAUCCGCUCAGGGGCGGCGGUGGGGGUUGAGGACAGGCGAGCACGUGGAAGUCAAGGUGGUCGGAGCGAGCCAGCGAAGCGGGGGUCCAGACUACCAAUGAGCCGCCUCCGCGAGUCCAAUUAAAGCCGCUCGUCAUCCUGCCGACGAUCCGAUCGCCGGCUUGAAAGGCAGAGACGCUCAGACGGAACUAAGAGGAAGACGAAAGGACAAGCGAGAGUCUGUGAUGCGUUCCGGUCGGCAGCCUCCGCUCCCGUCUCGUUGAUUUAAUUACAUUCUCAUCUCACGUUUGGACACCUCCCUCAUUCCGCCCCCACCCCCUUCAUUCUUUUCUUUUCUGCAAGCCCUCUGUGGUUUGUAUUCCGUCCCUCCUUCCCUCCCUCCUUUUUUGCGUCGCGCACCGUCUCAUCCUCUCUUGCUCUCUGUCACACAAACUGCGGUGGGAGCUCGCCUCGCAGCCUCCGCGUUCGGAGCAGUUUUUCUUUCUGCUGAGUCGGACCAUCGGCGACGUCUCGGAUCAGGAUAGCGGCAAAGAUGACCAACAAGUCCCCUGUGCCGAGUUAACCGCCGUAAAGAUAUCAGAGGGCGUCUUCCCGACCAGUAUCCGGGUGUGGAUUACAGGAGUGGAUUUGCCCUGGAGCUUCAUGUGGGCCCCAGCCCCCGAGGUCGGGCUGGGAAAUGAAGCCGUUCCCGUGGUUGUAGCAGCACUGUGGGCGGCCAUGGCCCAAGAGGGGCGCUGUCUCCGGCGGGGAUCCCCGGCUGUAACCAGAAGGGGCGGCGACGGGCGUCCCGCCAGGCCGAGCGUGGCUCGGGUCACUUCCACUCUCUUGUCAAGGACACGCCUCCACGGCCUGAGGCAAGUUUGCGUCCCCGGUGGCUCUGUGGGCCGCCGGGUCUUCUGGCUGCUGGCCUUCUGCACCUCCCUCGGGUUCCUUCUGUCCUGGUCGUCCAACCGCCUGCUCCAUUGGCUCUCUUUCCCGACUUACACACGGGUCCACACCGAGUGGGCCAAAGAACUGGCCUUCCCCGUGGUCACCAUCUGCAACAACAACCCCAUCCGCCUCUACAAGCUCACCAAGAGCGACUUGUACUUUGCCGGCCACUGGUUGGGCCUGCUGCUGGCCAACCGGACCGUCAGGCCCAUGGUGCUGGACUUGCUCCAGGAGGACCGCCUGGCCUGGUUCGGGAAGCUUUCGGACUUCCGCCUCUUUCUGCCCCCCAGGAACUUCGAAGGGACCAACUUGGAGUUUAUGGACCGACUGAGCCACCAGCUGGAGGACAUGCUGCUCUCCUGCAAGUACCGAGGAGAACCCUGCGGUGCUCACAACUUCUCCUCCGUGUUCACCAGGUACGGCAAGUGCUACAUGUUCAACGCGGCCGAGGACGGCAAGUCGCUGCGCACCACCAUGAAGGGUGGCACGGGGAACGGCCUGGAGAUCAUGCUGGACAUCCAGCAGGACGAGUACCUGCCGGUGUGGGGGGACACAGAGGACACGGCGUUUGAGGCGGGGGUGCGAGUCCAGAUCCACAGCCAGGCGGAGCCCCCGUUUGUGCACGAGCUGGGCUUCGGCGUGGCGCCCGGCUUCCAGACCUUUGUCGCCACGCAGGAACAGCGGCUGACCUACCUGCCUCCCCCGUGGGGAGAGUGCGAGUCCAAGGCUCUGGAGUCGGGCUUCUUCCAGGUGUACAGCGUGACCGCCUGCAGGAUCGACUGCGAGACGCGCUACAUCGUGGAGAACUGCAACUGCAGGAUGGUGCACAUGCCCGGUGACGCCUCGUACUGCACCCCCGAGCAGUACAAAGACUGCGCUGAGCCCGCCCUUGCUAAGCUGUCGGCGGCGGAGAGCAGCAGCUGCAUGUGCAGGACGCCGUGCAACGUGACGCGCUACAACAAGGAGCUGUCCAUGGUCAAAAUUCCCAGCAAGACGUCGGCGCGCUACUUGCAGAAGAAGUUCAACAAGUCCGAGAAGUACAUCUCGGACAACAUUUUGGUAUUGGACGUGUUUUUCGAGGCUCUCAACUACGAGACCAUCGAGCAAAAGAAAGCCUACGAGGUGGCAGGCCUGCUAGGUGACAUCGGGGGCCAGAUGGGCCUCUUUAUCGGCGCCAGCAUCCUCACCAUCCUGGAGCUCUUUGACUACGCCUACGAGGUGUUGCGAGACCGACUACUGGACCUGCUGAGUCCAGAGGAUGAGGAGGAGGGUCGCAGGGGAGACGUGACUUCCUGCGAUCCGGUUGCCAACCACUCCGAGUCCAUCAGCCACAGUGUAGCCGUCCCUCUGCAGACCACCUUGGGCACCUUGGAGGAGAUCGCCUGCUGAGGCCCCGCCCCACCUCCUCCGAGGCUGCCUCAUACGGCCAACGCCGCGUCCUCUGUUGGGACAUUGCCGCAGGAUGCAAACAAGGACGACGGGGGCACUCAAUCACGCCACCGCUACUUGAGGCCCUAAAACUGUUGGCUUGGGGGGUGGGGUCGAGGGAUUGGAGCGGGGGGGGCGAGGGCUUUACCCCCCCCCCUAAGUACCAUCCAUUAGUGGCUGGCUGCCACAUGGACACAGUGGAGGGGAUGCUGAGCUGGCGUUUAUCACUCUUAAUGUGUCGAUCUUUUAAGCGCAGUGCAGGUGCCGCCCUCUUCUGGACGCCCCGGGCGGCGGGGGCCCACAUCUGGAAUGUACAGCUUGAACUCUGAUCCCAUUUCAGCUCCAAAACACCACCAAUGUUACAUCCUUCAAAGCAGUAAACUUCACUUCUGACAGUUUGAUUUGAAAAAAGAGCGGCUAAGAAGGAUCUUUGAAGGGAUGUCACACUCCCGCUGUUAUUUAAGGGGCAAAGGUUGAGUGUUGUAUGGUGGCAUAUCCGCGUCUGGCUUUAUUUUCAUGGCACAGGGUGUCGGAGCGUGAUUUGGUCAAGCGCACCGCAGUGAGCAGCAUCAUGGCCUCUGAUGUGCAGUCCGGUGGGCCCUAAAGAGGCCUUGAUUUGGUUUAACUCUCUCACGCCUUCUCGUCUCCCUUUUUGCCACUUGCACCAAAGGGACGGGGACGUCCGGCGCUGUGUCGGACUGCGCCGCUCACUGAAAUUGCGCUGGCCCCACCCUGUUGGCCCCGGUCUACGGAAAUAGAGCCGCUGGUGUUUUGACCAUCAACCAAAAGAUGCCAAACCAAUGGAAGACAAUUUGUCCCAAACAUCUCAGCAGAAUGCUUUUUGUACUUUUUUGUAAUUAUGCUGUGAAAUAAUAAAUGUGUGUGUCCCCCCUUAAUCCCCCGCCCUACCACUUGGACACAAAGACUUGGUGUCACCUAACAAGCGGGGGGGGGGGCAUUUUGAACUUGUUGAAUGUCAAGGACACAACAUGGGAUGCAGCAGCGUGUGGAAUAUUUGUGAUUAUUUUCUUUUUUUUUUUAAUUCCCGUGAUCAUCCCAGCAUGAUCAGCUCGCCCGCUCGCAACCAAAACCUCACUGGACUUUUUAGCUUUUUUGUUUUACGAUAAAUUCUGAUUUCCCCGUCUGCGCUUCAAAGCCGCCGUCUUCGUGUUCCGUGUCAUUCCCAAACGCAAACACGCUUCCUUCUCCUCCUCCUGCUCCUUCUCCUCCUCCUUCUGCUCCUCCUCGUCCUCCCUGGGCAGCGCCAAAAAAAAAAUCAUUGUGUGUUUUCAGUGUGAAACCAUUAAAUGAAUUUGUUGUUUUGCACUCCGCUCUUCUUCUUUUUCUUCUUCUUCUUCUUCUUCUUCUUCAACAAGCUGGAAUUGCCAAAUGCAACAGGAAAAUGCAGCAUA